AUGGCCAUGGCCAACCCAGCCCAGCUGCUGCUCCUUGCAGACCACAUCAAGCUGUCGCUCCUGGAGCGCCAGCGCGCCGUGUCUUUGAACCUGUCGCCCAACUCGCAAGAUGGUCAGAUCUCGCGCUCGCUCGAGUCGCUCUCCUCCGGCAUCGACGCCUUGGACGCCCAGCUUUCCCAGAACCCGGACGAGUCCGUCACCCGCCGCACCUCCACCACCACCACAGCCUCCACCCUCCCAGCACCAUGGCACCGCCUCUCUUCGCCCACCCUCCCCCCCGUGAUGCACACUCCCUACGUUCCACGCAAGCCACCACCACGACCAUCCCUUCAAGACCAAGUUUCGCGCCUGCGCGCGCAGUAUGACGAUCUGUCGGCGCAAUUCAGCACCACAGGCGGCGACAGCGCCGCCGCCACCCUCUCCUCGCCAAACGACCCUGCGCUCUCCGCGGACUUCGCCGCCGCGAGCUCGCAGAAGCCCGCGCGCACGACCAACAAGAAAGCCGUCCGCUUCACCGACGCAGACGACGACGAUGACGACGUGAACCGCGCCGCCCUUUUCCCUUACCGCGACGACCCGGACGAAGAGCGCGCCGACCACUCGGAGCUGUCGAAUCAGCAGAUCCACGAGUACCACCAGCAGGUCAUCUCGCAGCAGGACGAGCAGCUCGACCGGCUGGGCGAGAGCAUCGGCCGCCAGCGCGAGCUGUCGAUCCAGAUCGGCGACGAGCUCGAGGGCCACGUCCUGCUGCUCGACGAGGUAGACGAGGGUGUCGACCGCCACCAGAGCCAGCUCGACCGCGCCGGCAAGCGCCUCGCCAAGGUCGGACGCCGCGCGCGCGAGAACUGGAGCAUGACCCUGAUCGUAGUCUUGAUCGUGAUUCUGGUCUUGUUGAUCGUCAUUACCAAAUGA